ACCGGCACCGCCGCCCAGAGGCCGCCGGGCGCCUUCCUCCUCCUCCUCCUCCUGCUGCUCCUGCUGGGUCUUCAGGAUGGAGACCAGCUCUUCAGAUCUCGACAACAGCAGUGAAGUGUCCUUUUGCCUCACGGAUGAUGAAGUCAGCAGCCUCCAGAUCCCUUCCUUGGCCUCCUCCAAGGGUCUCUCUUCCCCAGAGCACAGCCCUGUCAAGGGGCAGGAAGAGAAAGACCGGAAGAGGCGAAGGGGCCGCACCAAGGUCAAGAAUGAAGCUGUCCUUCACACCAUCAAGAAGACCCGGCGGGUGAAGGCCAACGACAGGGAGAGGAACCGCAUGCACAACCUCAACGCAGCCCUGGAUGAGCUCAGGAGUGUCCUGCCCACCUUUCCUGACGACACCAAGCUGACCAAGAUUGAGACCUUGCGCUUUGCUCACAAUUACAUCUGGGCCCUGUCGGAGACGCUGAGGCUGGCUGACCAGUGCCUCCAGAAGCCUCCCAAGGAGAUGGUUCUGCCCAGCUACCUGAGCUCUGCAGAUCAUCCGCCCAGCCCCGGUAGUGAUGCCGGCUCCUGGAUCUCCACAGCAUCUCCGGCCACCUCUUCUGCCCUGUCUGCCUGCACCUCCAGCCCUAGCAGCCCGGCAUCCUCUGAAGAUUAUUGUUAUGGACACACAGAUCACCUCUUCUCCUUCCACAGCCUCCCAAAAGACUUGUUGCAGAGCACUUCUUGCUUUAUGCAGUACCAUUAGACUGUAAAGGAAGUUUUUUACAUCGUGCGGUGUCCCCACUGCAAUGAAAGUCCCCCCAUUAUCAGUGAUCCUACUCUGGCAGCUUGUUCUGGUUGGGUUGUAGAUGCUCAGCAAGUUUUGAACCAUUACUGCCAGAAUCCCCCUUGUUGGUUGGGGGAUUCUGGGAGAUGUGAUCCAAAAGGUAGCUUUCCCAAUCUCUGGGUUUAGCUCUAGAUACUCACAUGUUGUACUUUGGUUUUUCAAAUCAAAGCUUCGUAGAUCUGUCAUUUUCAAUCCAAAGGUCACAAACAGAUCAAGCUAGGAAGGAUAUAAUAAACAAAUGUGUAACGUAAGUCUUUGGUACAUAUAGUCUUUUGAUCAAAUCACCAAGUGAUAACUGUGGCAGCAGAUCCCAUUUUUGAUAGUUUUCUCCCACCUUGCUUUCUAAGGAUUUUCUUUCUUUUUCUCCUUCACCCUCUUUUGUGUGUGUGUGGGGGGGGGGGACACAUCACAAAUCCCACUUUGUUUCUUUCAUUUCCAGUGACCUGAGCUCUUAGGCAUCAAUAUGAUUUUGAAAAGGGAAGAAAGGGGACAGAUUUGCUGCUGCAGACGAGGUGAAAAGUCAAUUUUACAAUUUGUAGAACUCUAAUGAAGAAAAAUGAGCAUGAAAAUUAGGUUUGAACGCCUUGACAAUACACUGAAAAGGCUUAGGGAGGGCUGAUUCGGCUGGGUGCACAGGGUCUCCUGCUAGAGACUUAGCACACCAAAUUCUCAAUAAAUUCUAAAGGCGUUGGGUGGAGCUUUGCUUCUCCCAGACAGGGCUCUGGAUCUGACAUGAUCAGUCCCUAAACAGGGUAGACAAGGAACUAGGUCCAUGCAAUAUGAAUCGUGACCUCCAUUACUUCUGUCUUGUUUUCGAGUAGCACUAGAUGUGGGGCACUCACUGUCUGUGUCUGAUGCUAGUUUAAUUUAUUCAGGAACUUUGAUUCAUACGGAAAUUGUAUUUUUGUACAUAAAGAGAUUUAUUCCUUUUAUUAUGUCCACAAUAUCUUAAAAUGA